AUGGCUUGACUGCGGUAGUGUACCUACUCAAUAUAAAUGAAAUCCAUGUGCCUGCUUUCAUCCAGAACAAGACAAUUUCUCACUAGCCGCUGCUGAUGAACCCACGCUGUUUCCCCGCCACUUGGAAGAACGCUACCUCAUACUACGACCAAGAAACCGUUACCCUGUUGACCGGCGUACCACUAUGCGAACAUCACAUUAGCAGGUAAUUAUACUGGUGCUUUCCAAGUCGUUGUACAGUACUACGGAGCAGAGAGCGGAGAAAUAGUACUACGUAUAUAGUUGUAAAAUAGGAUGAAAAUGACGGGUUGUUGUUAGGCUGGGGGCAGGCAGGGACGAUGUGGUGUUCAUAGGCCAGCGAAACCUGACGAAUGCUGAUGGAAAAGAUGGUCCUGUUGGCAAGCUGCCCAAGUUCCAACCUGACCCUGUCCUCCCCAUUGGUGCCGAGAGCUUUGAUUGAUCACAUCAAGGUACAAUCUCCACCUUCCCAGUGUACAGAUGUGCAGUGUUGAAUCAGGCAGCGCAAGAAUACAAAGAUACACAAUGGAUUCAUACAUCCGAACGAGUGCUGUACUUCCAUUUGUCCAAAGUUGUCGUGCUUAUCUAUGCAUUUGCCUCGGACUUGGUAUCAUACAACGACGCAAGAAAUAAAGUAAUGAUACUGUGAAAUUGGCACACUGAAAACUUGUCACAGAGACAGUUGGGAAAAUACUGACAAAGAAAUAUAGAGUAUGUAAAAAUUGCAGUGCUUAAGAUAGAGUACAAGGGGAGGGUCGAGCUAUUACAGCUGAGCUGACGGUAGGGUGAUCUCGCAACAGGCCAGCACGGCACAAGAAAACAGUUGCGCCGGCGUCGUAUCCUAGGGCCGUCCGGCACUGGUGUCCAACCGGCGAGCAUCAGAAGCUACACCCACGGAUCCGGCCGCCCUUUUAUCCAACCCAGCGCCACCUCCUGCCGCUUGAGCCUUGCAACGCGAAAACGCGCCUGCAUGGCCGACUUCUCCUUCUCCCGCUCCGGCCCGCAGCCGCAGGGCCGGCGCCGCCCAGGCCCCUACACGACACCGGAGAACUCCACCUCCUUCACCAGCGGCCCUGCCCAUCGCGGGCCACGGCGCCGGGGCCGCGGAGUCGUCGAUGACAUGUCGUGGCAGAGCUCCGUUGCAUGGCAGCCGCAGCAGGACACGUCCUGGGCACAGCCGCACGGCCUGGGCGCCGCAGUCGGGCCCUGGGGUCUGGGCGGGUCAGACACUGCGUCACGCCGCGGCCCGGCGCUGUUCCAGAGGACGGCGCGGGACUACUACCUGCAGCGCCGGUCCGGCACCCGGUUCCACCAUGACCGCUCGUCCAUAGCGUCGUCCGCGGUGCACCGUUCAGGUGUCAGCGGCAUCGCCGGCAAGCGGCUGGAGCUGCAGAGCGUCGUGACGGACGCGAGCAAGGCCAUCAUCCUCGCCCCGGAUGUUUCAUUCGCCAGCAACGACGCCGACAGCGUCGCCGUCCCGGCCGCCCGUGCUGGCUCCGGUGCCGUGGUCAGGUACGGCGGCGGCGUGAACACGCCGGUCUCCCGCGAGGUCUCCUUCUCGCGCGACAACCGCAACAAGCUCUACGUGACCUCGGCCCCGCCGCAGCGGGAGCAACCCAGCUUCGGAUACGACGUCAGCGCCACCUCCUACAGCCAGAGUCGAUACUACAGCGAGGAGGAUGGCGGCGGCGGAGGUGACUACGGUUACGAGGAUGACGAGGACGACCUCGAGCCGAGGGCUGGGAAGCCGGUCAGCGUAACCGGGCUGUUCAAGUACUCGACGCCGCUGGACAUUCUGCUCCUCGUGCUGGGGUGCAUCGGCGCCAUGAUCAACGGCGGGUCACUGCCGUGGUACUCGUACCUCUUCGGGAACUUCGUCAACAAGAUCGUCACCUCAGACACGACGCAGAUGAUGAAGGACGUCAGGCAGAUCAGCGUGUACAUGGUGAUACUCGCCGUAAUUGUCGUCAUAGGAGCAUACCUAGAGAUCAUGUGCUGGAGGAUUGUGGGCGAGCGGUCAGCGCUGCGGGUGCGGCGUGAGUACCUCAAGGCCGUGCUGCGGCAGGAGAUCGGGUUCUUCGACACCGAGGUGAGCACCGGCGAGGUGAUGCAGAGCAUCUCCAGCGACGUUGCACAGAUCCAAGAAGUCAUGGGAGAGAAGAUGGCAGGUUUUGUGCACCACGUCUUCACCUUCAUCUUUGGCUACAUCGUCGGGUUCAAAACGUCAUGGAGGAUCGCCCUCGCCGUGCUUGCCGUCACGCCCGUCAUGAUGGCCUGCGGCCUCGCCUACAAGGCCAUAUACGGCGGCCUCACCGCCAAGGAAGAGGCGUCGUACCAACCAGCGGGCAAUGUCGCGCAGCAGGCGAUCAGCUCGAUCCGGACGGUACUGUCGUUCGUGAUGGAGGACCGGCUGGCCAACAGGUAUGCGGAGUGGCUGCACAAGUCGGCCCCGAUCGGCAUAAAAAUGGGCUUCGCCAAGGGUGCCGGCAUGGGAAUGAUCUACCUGGUCACUUACUCCCAGUGGGCGCUGGCGCUCUGGUACGGCGCCAAGCUCGUCGCGCAGGGCGAGAUCAAGGGGGGCGAUGCCAUCGCCUGCUUCUUCGGAGUCAUGGUCGGAGGCCGGGGCCUGGCGCUGUCGCUAUCGUACUCGGCACAGUUCGCGCAGGGGACAGCGGCCGCGGGGCGGGUGUUCGAGAUCAUUGACCGGGAGCCGGAGAUCGACGCGUACGGGACUGGCGGGCGCGCCCUGUCGGCGGUGCGGGGGCGGAUGGAGUUCAAGGACGUGGAGUUCGCCUACCCGUCGCGACCGGAGUCGCUGAUCCUGUACAACCUGAACCUGACCGUCCCGGCGGCGAAGAUGCUUGCCCUCGUGGGUGUCAGCGGCGGCGGCAAGUCCACCGUGUUUGCGCUCAUCGAGAGGUUCUACGACCCCACCCGAGGAUCUAUCACGUUGGACGGCCAGGAUCUGGGGUCGCUGAACCUCAAGUGGCUAAGGUCGCAGAUUGGGAUGGUCGGGCAGGAGCCAAUCCUCUUCGCCGUCUCCAUCAUCGAGAACGUCAUGAUGGGCAAGGAGAACGCGACGAGGCAAGAGGCCAUCGCCGCCUGCACAAAGGCCAACGCUCACACCUUCAUCCUAGGCCUCCCCGACGGCUACGACACGCAGGUUGGGGACCGUGGGACCCAGAUGUCAGGGGGACAGAAGCAGCGCAUCGCCCUGGCGCGCGCCAUCAUCCGCGAGCCGCGCAUCCUGCUUCUGGACGAGCCCACCAGCGCGUUGGACGCCGAGUCCGAGGCCGUCGUGCAGCAGUCCAUCGACCGCCUCUCCGUUGGCCGCACCGUGCUCGUAAUCGCGCACCGCCUCGCCACUGUCCGCAAUGCUGACACCAUCGCGGUGCUCGACCGUGGCGCGGUCGUCGAGUCCGGCCGACAUGCUGAACUUAUGGCCCGUAACGGCCCCUACGCCGGCCUUGUGAAGCUCGCCUCUAACAGCGGCAGGGCCGAGCCAAACAACGCCGUGCCCGGCACCCCCGGAACUCCAGGCCCAGCAGGGUACAACAGCUUCAUGGACAACUCUGGGUACGACGUGUCGAUGUCCAAGUCGAGGUACGGUGGCAUCCGCACGAUCCAGGAGGAGGAGGCGGACACCAAGGACGCCCGCGAUGGCAAGGGCGCCACCUCGUUCAACGUCUCUGAGAUAUGGGAGCUGCAGCGUCGGGAAGGGCCGUUGCUCAUCCUGGGUUUCCUGAUGGGCAUCAACGCCGGCGCAGUGUUCUCCGUGUUCCCGCUGCUCCUUGGCCAGGCCGUCCAGGUGUACUUCGACGCAGACACGGACAAAAUGAGGCGGCAGAUCGGGUACCUGGCCAUGGCCGUUGUCGGCCUCGGCGUGGCGUGCAUCGUCACCAUGACUGGGCAGCAGGGGUUCUGCGGCUGGGCCGGCGCCCGGCUCACCAUGCGCGUCCGCGACCGCCUCUUCCGCGCCAUCAUGCAGCAGGAGCCCGCGUGGUUCGACGAGGACGACAAUGCCAUGGGCGUCCUCGUCACACGCCUCGCCAGGGACGCCAUCGCCUUCCGCUCCAUGUUUGGCGACCGGUACGCGGUGCUGCUCAUGGCCGUGGGCUCUGCCGGCGUCGGCCUCGGCAUAUGCUUCGGGCUGGACUGGCGCCUCACUCUCAUAGCCAUGGCCUGCACUCCACUAACGCUCGGCGCCAGCUACCUCAACCUUCUCAUCAACGUGGGCGCCAGGUCAGACGACGGCGCGUACGCGAAGGCCAGCAGCAUCGCCGCUGGCGCCGUGUCGAACGUGCGCACAGUCGCGGCGCUCUGCGCCCAGGACGGCAUCGUGGGCACGUUCAACCGUGCGCUGGACGGUCCCACGGCAAAGGCACAGCGGAGGUCGCAGUACAUGGGUCUCAUCCUCGGGCUCUCCCAGGGCGCCAUGUACGGCGCCUACACGGUGACGCUCUGGGCCGGCGCCAAGUUCAUCACGCAAGGCAAGUCCACCUUCGGCGACGUGUCCAAGAUCUUCCUCAUCCUCGUCCUCAGCUCCUUCUCCGUCGGCCAGCUUGCCGGGCUCGCCCCUGACACCUCCGGCGCGCCGACGGCGAUCGCCGGCAUACUGAACAUCCUUAAGCGGCGGCCGGCGAUCAGCGAGGACGGCAAGAGGCGGGCGAUCAAGGACGGGAAGCCGAUGGACGUGGAGCUGAGGAAAGUGAUCUUCGCGUACCCGUCUCGGCCGGAUGUGACGGUGCUGAACGACUUCUCGCUGCGAGUCAAGUUCGGGAGCACGGUGGCGGUGGUCGGCGCGAGCGGGAGCGGCAAGUCGACGGUGGUGUGGCUGGUGCAGCGGUUCUACGACCCCCUCGGGGGAACCGUCAUGGUCGGCGGCGUGGACGUGCGGGACCUGGACCUCAAGUGGCUCAGGGGAGAGUGCGCCAUGGUGGGCCAGGAGCCGGCUCUCUUCAGCGGGUCCAUCAGGGAGAACAUUGGGUUUGGCAACCCAAAGGCCUCGUGGGCCGAAAUCGAGGAUGCUGCCAAGGAGGCCAACAUCCACAAGUUCAUCUCUGGACUUCCCCAAGGCUACGACACACAGGUUGGGGAGAGUGGAGUGCAGUUAUCAGGUGGUCAGAAGCAGAGGAUCGCCAUCGCACGGGCAGUCCUGAAGCAGUCGAGGAUACUGCUCCUGGACGAGGCGAGCAGCGCGCUGGACCUGGAGUCCGAGAAGCACGUGCAGGAGGCGCUCCGGCGAGUGUCGCGGCGGGCGACGACGAUCACGGUGGCGCACCGGCUCUCCACGGUGCGAGACGCCGACCGCAUCGCCGUGGUGAGCCUCGGCCGGACAGUGGAGUUUGGCAGCCACGAGACCCUCCUGGCGAACCACCGCGACGGCCUCUACGCCGCCAUGGUGAAGGCCGAGAUCGAGGCGCAGGCGUUCGCGUAGCCGCACACACCCACUGCACUGAUCCCAUUGUUCAACAAUAUGGACAUUUUUGUUUAUCUAUUGUGUGGUAAAAUUUGUAUUAACUUAACUAGGAAGUCAAUAUAUGGAGUAUUAUUUCUACGACAA